GAAAAGAAGAAGAAUAAUAAAAUAUAGGAUAGUAUGUGGAGUGCAUGCUCAAACAAACGGACACACCGCUUUAUUGGCGAGCUUUGUACUCAGAGGUGGUCUGUGACUGUGAAGCUGUCUUUUACAGAUCUCACUCUCUCUCUCCCUCUCUUUACUCUUUUCUUCUCUACUACUCUGUCAGCUGAGCUCUCUCUUUCUCUUUCUCUCUUGGAGUAUCGUUUUCUCUGGAAGGGAAGCUCGUGAAGUGCAUGUGAAGCUCGGUUUGAGAUCUGGGGUUUAAUGAUCGGAACGGGUCAUUUUGCCUUUUCUGAUUUCAGGGUUAUCUUGUGAAUAAAACAAAUUGCUCGUGUCUAUGGCGGUAUCACUGAAAAUGGGGUCUCAUAAUGUGAAACCGCUUGCUUUAAUGAUUGGUGGAGUUUGGCGUUAUAUUGAGUUCUGCAAGAAAAAUUAGUGGGGAUGUAAUUUCUGGGGAUUGAGGAAAUUUAUUGGUAAAGUAAGGCCAUAACUUCUAAAGAUUUGAGGUCGCUUUGCAAUAAAAAAGAUGCGAUACAUUUUGAUUCCUUUCCUUAUACCACAAGAGAUUCUGCUAUUGGACACAUAAACUGUUCUGAUCAUGACCAGAGCUGUUCGAGAUAGAAUUCUUAAGGAUGCUAAUGGUGACAUUGGUGGUCAUCUACGCAACCACAUCCAUUUGACAAAUUGUAUUCACUUGAAGAACCAUAUGCAUAAGCAAAGCCCCAUUCUGACAGACAGGUCGCUUAUAAGGGACCUCAUUGUCCUUCAGAGGUCACGAUCUCUCAGGGACCCUUCUGCCAGUCCUCCCUCGUGGCAUUCACCUUCAAUUGUCGACCAGCAUCCUAUGAAAGGAGAAACUGUUGGAUUGGUUAGGGAGGGCCGAAGGUCUAUAGGCGUUGAGUGUCGAAGUAAGAGGCCUUCGGGUAAUUCUCCACCAUUUGCAAGCUUGCUGACAUCAAAAGUUGCUCCUGGUGAGAUUGCUGGGGUAAAUGAUUUGAUGGCAGCAAUCAGCGAACGUAGUAGUAAGAGUGGAGUUAGGGAUGGUCGAAGAACAAGGAGGGAGGAGUCUAGUCGGAAGAGUAAUAGGAUAGAUAUUGUGGGUGAUGAGGAGGAGCCUCCAGUAGAUCAAGAUAGUAAGGACAUUUCUAAUGAUGUUGUUUCAGGAAAUUCUGCAUCUAAAAGUAGGAAAGUUAGACAGAAGGGGAAGCAUAUCCAAGGGGCUCAGGCAAAAUCCCUUUCGGAGCAGUUAAACGAUAUUAAGAUGGAUAGUGAUGGUGUAGCUUCUUCUAACAUUCAUUUACGUGGAAGACAGACUCGACAGGAGAAAGCUCUUCAGGAAGCAGAAGAAAGCAUCCGGGGUUACUGCAGUGGAUUGAAUAGGGUGAAAAGGCGGAAAUUUCGAGGGGCAAGAAGACGUCGGGCUGCUGCAGGUUCCAGAGAUAUCAAUGCUCAGAAUGAGUUGUCUAUAGCUUCUAAUACUCUAGCCCAAGGUUCAGUACGCUCCAAGUAUAAUGUCGAAGGAGAGGAUGAGUAUGACGAACAAAAUAUCUCAAAGGCUCCUAGAAAUGGGUGUGGAAUCCCUUGGAAUUGGUCAAGAAUUCAUAAUAGAGGCAAAACAAUCCUUGACAUGGCUGGAAGAAGUUUAUCUUGUGGUUUGUCUGAUUCAAGAUUAAGGAAAGGAGGUCCAAGUGGCCACGGGAGGGAUGUUUCUGACAUGCCUGUAGCAUCUGAAUACUCUAGCUCUUCUUCUAAAUCUAAUGCUGAGGCACUGCCUUUGUUGGUUGAUGCUUCUGGAUCACAGCAGAGCACUGAAAAUGCUGAUUGGGCGCGUCGCUAUUCUGGGGAACUUGGUAUUUAUGCUGAAAAUUUAUUUAAGCAUGAUCUUGAUUCUGACCUAGCUUCUGAAGCUAGAUCGGGUGAUCAACGAAAGUUAGGAAAGCGCUGCCGCAGUAGGCAUCAAAACCUGACACAAAAGUACAUGCCAAGAACCUUCAGAGAUCUUGUUGGACAGAAUUUAGUAGCUCAAGCUCUUUCAAAUGCUGUCAUGAGAAGGAAAGUAGGAUUGUUAUAUGUUUUUUAUGGUCCUCAUGGGACGGGGAAAACCUCCUGUGCUCGUGUAUUUGCUAGAGCUUUAAAUUGUCUGUCUCUGGAACAUCAUAAACCUUGUGGAUUUUGCAAUUCUUGCAUAGCGCAUGAUACGGAAAAGAGUAAAAAUAUAAGAGAAGUUGGCCCUGUAAGUAAUUUUGACUUUGAGCGUAUUAUGGAUCUACUUGACAAUAUGAUUAUCUCUCAGCUGCCAUCACAUUAUAGAGUGUUCAUAUUUGAUGAUUGCGACACAUUGUCCCCUGAAUGUUGGAGUGCUAUAUCAAAGGUUAUUGAUCGUGCACCUAGAAGAGUGGUUUUUGUUCUGGUCUGUUCAAGCCUUGAUGUUUUGCCUCAUAUAAUCAUAUCUAGAUGCCAAAAGUUCUUUUUCCCAAAGCUAAAAGAUGCAGAUAUCAUCUAUACUUUGCAGUGGAUCUCAAACAAAGAAGAUUUAGAAAUUGAUAUGGAUGCACUAAAACUUAUUGCAUCAAGAUCAGAUGGUUCAUUAAGAGAUGCUGAGAUGACUCUUGAGCAACUGAGUUUGCUUGGUCAGAAAAUAUCUGUUCCCCUGGUUCAGGAGCUGGUUGGGCUCAUCUCUGAUGAGAAAUUGGUUGAUCUUCUUGAUUUAGCAUUAUCUGCAGACACGGUUAACACUGUUAAGAAUUUGAGAGUCAUAAUGGAAACGGGAGUUGAGCCAUUAGGCCUGAUGUCACAACUAGCAACAAUUAUUACAGAUAUACUUGCUGGCAGUUAUGAUUGUACAAGAGAGAGGCCGAGAAGGAAAUUCUUUCGUCGCCACCCACUAUCCAAAGAAGAUAUGGAAAAGCUACGUCAAGCUCUCAAAACUCUGUCUGAAGCUGAAAAACAGUUAAGAACUUCAAAUGACAAACUGACAUGGCUAACAGCUGCACUACUCCAGCUUGCUCCUGAUCAACAAUAUAUGUUGCCUAGUUCUUCUUCAGGAGACACUAGUUUUAACCAUAGUCCCUUGCCCCUUAAUAAUGUGUGUGGAAGAAAUGUAGUUAGGAAAGCAGGUGAGCAAGAUCAUUUGCUGAAUAGCCAGAGAGGUUUGUCAACAAGUGUUCGACAAGCUGGAACUUCUGGUUUACAUAGCAAUAGUCUGAUGAAUGAUGCUACUUUAGAUAGGAAAAGACAUAAUGGUAGUUCUACGGCCCCCCAACAGACAUCGACACGUCCUGCUGAUACAAUAAGAGUAAGUGGGAGGAAAGUUUCUGGAAAAAGCCGUAAAAUUGAAGAAAUUUGGUUGGAGGUGCUUGACAACAUUCAGUAUGUUGGUGUUAAAGAGUUCUUGUACCAAGAAGGAAAGCUGAUGUCUGUUAGUUUCGGUGCAGCUCCUACUGUGCAGCUAAUAUUCAGUUCGCAUCUGACUAAAUCUACUGCUGAGAAAUUUCGAGGCCACAUAUUACAGGCAUUUGAGUCAGUUUUGGGAUCCCCGGUCACAAUUGAAAUUAGAUGUGAAUCAAGGAAAUACUCCAAAGCGGGGGUGCAUACGCCUCUUAUGUUGCCAGCUUCUAUGGAUGGCUUGUCUCAGAUUAGAGAUAUGAAUGGAAUCAGUGGUGAAGCUCAGGCUUUGCCUUCCAAAACAUGUGAGACGGGGAAGAGUGAAAUUGUUGAAAUAGCUGCUACUCCGAGGGAAACCAGGGGUGAUGAGCAUGCUAAUAACCAUGAAGAAUCUGGUAUAAGAGGUUGUUUAAAAAGUGCAAUGGGAGGAGAAGCAACAACAUCCCAACAGAAAUCAGGUGUUGAUUCAGUUGCAGAUAAGCGGAAGGUUGGGGAAAAAGGUCAGUGUCAGAGCAUAGUUAGGAGUAAAGUAUCUCUUGCACAUGUAAUUCAACAAGCAGAGGGAUGUUCCCAACGCAAUGGGUGGUCAACACGCAAAGCAGUCUCGAUUGCUGAAAAGCUGGAACAGGAAAAUUUGAGACUGGAACCUCGAUCGAGAAGUUUGUUUUGCUGGAAAGCAUCUAAUGUAACUCGCCGGAAGCUUUCACGCUUGAAAAUCAGAGCAAGAAAACCUCACUCACUAUUGAAGUUCGUCUCUUGUGGAAAGUGUCUGUCUACAAAAUCAUCAAGGUAACAUAAUUUUUUUGGGGCUAGCUUUGAAGGGUUUGUACAACCUCAUCUGUAUUACUUGUAUUUAGCCAUUUAAAUUUAUCUGUCAAAUCCAAUUUAUUAUGAAUAAAAUUCAGGUUACAUUGAAGAGAAAAAUGUAGAGGACAGGUUAAUAUUGUUCUCAAUUUUCACUAUUCUUUUAUUAUAAAAAAGAAAAGAUACAAA